AUGGAACCAUUUGAUGAUUCAAGCGAAGCAGCCAAACUGGAACAAAGUGCAGACAAUUUACAAAAUUCCAUUACCAAUGACCAACUGAUCGACAAAUCCAACUUUUAUCAAUACCCCACGCCCGUACACGACACGCUCGCCGGGUUUGACUGGAUCCGAAACAAUCUUCAGCCAGAACAGCUCGGAGUAUUUGGGGCGCACAUCGGUGGCUCAUUGGCCCUCAUGCUAGCUCUCACAGAGGCACAGUUAGUGCGAGCCGUCACCGCUCUAGAGCCUGUUUGUGACUGGCCUGGAUUGGACGAGUACUGUAUUAGUGAAGAUAUACCGGAAACGAAACCCGAACCAAGUACAGAGAGAAGCAUUGGCUCCGACUCAUCUUCGGCUAUGAGCAUCAUGAAACAAAAGCGAUCAUCCAAGCGGAAAGGCUUCCGAGGAGCGGUAGCUCCUCCAGAUCUAGUCCCACUCCUGAACGCACGCGAGCAGUUCUUCACAAGACCAGAGAAGUGCUUCGACGCCUUCGCCUCUCCGGUUCUCUUCCUUCGCUCCGCAGGGCGGGAUGUCCCCCGCGCAUUCCCACAGUAUCUCACAGGACCGGAAUACCCAGUCCCAACGACCAAAAACGCUGCCAAAACCACCUCGGCAGAGCAUUACUCUGCGCUCGACGGAUCUCUCUGGGAUAGAGAUGUCUAUCCGGAUGUAGAUAUUGAAUCAGAAGAUAGCGCCAUCCCAGAAACGUCCAGCGGCCCUGUCAUCCGCCGCCGGAAAGCGCUGUCACGCUGGCCGCCCUACGGAUUGGACUAUGGACUCAGCGGAUCAACAUGGUCUGGCCCUUCAAACGGUGUCGGACGCCUGCAGAUGACGCUCCCAUGGGUUCGGAUCCUCCUGCCUGAUGACAGUCUCUCAUCGCUGGAGUCGCUUCAUACUAGCCGACGGACAAAGUCUAAAGAGACCGAGGCGGAGACCACGAUACUUGCGCGACAGGCUGAGGAGAUGGUAUCUGUUAUGCAGCGGGCUUGCUUCUGGGGCCAGGAGAAGGGGGUUGGUGAGCGGCGGGUGACCCUGUCAGCGGUCCAUAUUAGUGCUGCUGAUGGCACUGUUGAGCUAGAUGAGGUGGGAAAGUGGUUGAAAGAUGCGCUUGAUGGGUCGAUGGAAGAAUAA